AUGCUUGNCCUGGUGCUGCAUGUGAUCCAGAUGGAGCCGAGCCUGCACCAGCCCAUGUUCUACUUCCUGGCCAUGCUGGCCCUCACUGACCUGUGCAUGGGGCUGUCCACAGUGCACACAGUGCUGGGAGUUCUGUGGGGGCUCAGCCAGGAGAUUGGUCUGGAUGCCUGCAUUUCACAGACUUACUUUGUCCACGGACUUUCCUGCACAGAGUCUGGAGUCCUUCUGGCCAUGGCCUUUGAUCGCUUCACUGCAAUUUGUAAUCCUCUGUGCUACACAUCCAUCCUGACCAACGGUAGAGUCACAUGUCAUGGGGCCAUUUUGAUGAGAAGUGCAUUGUCCAUUCUCCCCAUCAUCACUCGCCUGAAGUUCUUCCAUUACUGCCGCCCCCACAUCCUCUCCCACUCUUUCUGCCUGCACCAGGACCUGCUGCGGCUGGCCUGCUCGGACAUCCAAUUCAACAGCUUCUACGCCCUGGCUCUGCUCAUCUGUACCUUGUUGUUGGAUGCUGUGCUCAUUCUCCUCUCCUAUGUUUUCAUCUUGCGUACAGUGCUGGCGAUCGCAUCCCGGGAGGAGAGGCUCAAGUCCUUGCAGACCUGUGUGUCCCACAUCGGUGCUGUCCUGGUCUUCUAUAUCCCCAUCACUGGCCUCACCAUGGUGCACCACUUUAGGAAGCAUCUCUCACCCUCCGUUCAUGUCCUUAUGGGCAAUAUCUAUAUUCUCUUCCCACCCCUGAUGAAUCCAGUCAUCUACAGCGUGAAGACCCAGCAGAUCCGAAGCAGGAUGAAGACGUGGUUUUCCCUGACAAUGAAGUAG